UAGCCACAAGCAUGUUUAAUGAAAAUGGUCGCAGUGAAAGUUCACAGCUGACUAACAGACCAUUUUUAAGAGUGUUGUACCCGACCUCUGGGUCACCCCUUACUAUUACCCGGCCACCAUGGCCGUGCAAUUUGAUGCCCUACGAAGGGCAGCGCUGCGCUCGGUGUUCUUCCUACACGCUUGUGCCCAAGUUGACCUCAAUCGUGACUCAUGCAAGCGGCGACCUCGACGACGAGGCGUGGGCGGUACAUCGUGGAGAAGGACUCCUAUGCCCAUGUUCGUGUGUCAGCUUCGCCAGAAUACGCGAGUGCACUACACGUCAGUCCUAGGACCUACGAAGGAGCUAGUCGUUGGUUUUGACGUGGCAAGCCACUUCACGCCUGGCAAGUCAAUUUCCUUAUGGGCAUAUGGGUUGCGCUAUUUACAUCGGGGCGUAUGACAUAUGCAUGCUCAGGUGGGUUUGCGAUUUUGAUCUCUCAUAUUAUCAACUAAAUUUACACGUUUAUGUGUG